CUCAUUUUGGAAGAAGAAGAAAAAGCGUAGCGCGUCUCUCUAUAAAUACUCUCCCAGCAGGCAGGACUCUGAUCUGCUGCCUCCUCUCCUCCCUGCGCGUAAACUCAACCGAUUAUACGACGACAUGACUCUCCUCCUCCUCCUCCUCCUCCUGCCUCCUCUCCUCCCUGCGAGUAUGCUCAAACAAUUGGACGACAGCAUGGCAAACAUGCAGGUUAAUAACCGGCCCCUGAAGGUGGGCCACACGUUGACCAUCACCGGGAUCCCCAAGACUGGUGAUGGACGCUUUGAGGUGAACAUCCUUUCCGGGUCUGACAUCGCGUUCUACAUGAGCGUGCGGCUCACAUUAGGAAGUGUGGUCUGCAACUCGCGCAUGUCAGGGGUCUGGGGGGCCGAGGUCUUCCAGGGGGGGUUCCCCUUCAAACACAACGAGCUCUUCAAGUUCACCGUCACCCUGACCCAUGAGGAGUUCCUGGUGAUCCUGAGCGAUGGCUCUGAGGUCCACUUCCCCAACCGCCUGGGGGCGUCUGAGUACCUGGACUUCUCCUUCAAAGGGGGCGUCCUCAUCCGCAGCUUUGAGAUCAACUAACCCUGAGCUGGAUCUCCUCCUUCAGUCUGGUGGUCUCUCCUCACAGCAGACCGGUUCACAGGCAGAUGAGAACCACUCACUACAUCAACCUCUGACAUCCCUGUGUUAGAUGUUCUUUACAAAGCUUUUUCUGCAAUGGUAAAACUGAUUGAUUUGUUUUGUUUAGGCCUUUGUAUUCCUUUGGGAACAUCGGCCAUUGAUGAAUCGCUUCCUCCCUGGCCUGUCUUGGGCCAUCUUCUCCAUCUGUUGCCCGUCAGCCCCAUCCUUGAAUCGUCAAACUGAUGUGUAUUAAAAAGGAUUUCUUUAGCAAUGAUAA